AAGAGAUGGCUUGCGCUGAGUAUUCUUUUCACGUGCCAAGUCUUGAGGAGCUUGUUGGAGUUCUGCAGAAGGGCCUCAAAGAUAACUUUGCUGAUGUCCAGGUGUCUGUGGUCGAUUGCCCUGAUUUGACUAAGGAGCCAUUUACCUUUCCUGUAAAAGGCAUCUGUGGGAAAACUAGAAUUGCAGAAGUAGGAGGUGUGCCUUACUUAUUGCCUCUUGCAAAUAAAGAAAAAGUUUAUGAUGUAAAUAAGAUUGCAAAAGACAUUAAGCUUCCUGGAGCUUUUAUUCUUGGAGCAGGAGCAGGCCCAUUUCAGACUGUUGGGUUCAACUGUGAGUUUAUGCCAAUUAUUCAAACAGAAAGUGAACACAAAUCUCCAGUAAAUGGAAGUUACUUUGCCCAUGUUAACUCUGAAGAUGGAGGGUGCCUGCUCGAGAAAUACAGUGAGAAAUAUCACGAUUUUGGGUGUGCAUUACUGGCUAAUCUUUUUGCCAGUGAGGGCCAACCUGGAAAGGUCAUUGAGGUGAAAGCCAAAAGAAGAACUGGAAAACUUAACUUUGUGACUUGUAUGAGACAGACUCUUGAAAAACAUUAUGGAGAUAAGCCUGUAGGGAUGGGAGGUACUUUCGUAAUUCAGAAGGGAAAAGCGAAGACUCACAUAAUGCCCACAGAAUUUUCUUCCUGCCCUUUGAACUCUGAUGAGGAGGUGAAUAAAUGGUUGCACUUUUAUGAGAUGAAAGCUCCUUUGGUUUGUCUGCCAGUUUUUGUCUCCAGAGACCCAGGGUUUGAUUUGCGAUUGGAGCACACCCAUUGUUUCAGUCAUCAUGGAGAAGGUGGACACUACCAUUAUGACACUACCCCAGACACAGUGGAAUAUCUUGGAUACUUCUUGCCUGCAGAGUUUCUGUAUCGCAUUGAUCAACCAAAGGAGACCCAUUCAAUUGGGCGAGAUUAA